CUAUAUGCGAGUAACACUCCAAAAACGCUCACGGUGCCGGUGCUCAACUCAUAAGCAAAGCAAAGCAAAGCAAAUUGAAUUCCUUUAGAACCUCUGGAAUCUGGAACCUCUCAAUGUCAGACUCAUACGCAAAGCUCGAAUUGCAGAAGCUCGUUCCAGUAUGCAACUUUGUUAGAAAACCAAUGAAGAACAAGAACAUUAGGAAACGACCUUCAGCUCUAGAUGAAGUUGAAGAUGAUGAUAAGGAGAGUUCCGUGUUACAUACUGCUAAAAGGGCUGAUAUGUCGGACAACAAAUUAUACUUUUCUUCCGGGACAUCCAAACGAUCAGCUUCUGCUGAAUCAACCAAGAGCUCAAAGAAUGUCCUGUUUCAGUACGAAUCUUCUAAAGAGAUUCAGGUACAGAAUGAUAGCAAAGCAACAGCCACUCUCGAAACUGAGACAGACUUCUCAAGAGAUGCCAGGGCUAUUCGAGAGAGAGCUCUCAAGAAAGCAGAGGAAGCCUUAAAGGGUAAGGGUAAGAGUAAGACAUCUGGUGAUGGAAAGGUCUAUAAGGGUAUCAACAGUUACACUGAUUACAGAGCGGGUUUCCGUCGUGAGCAAACUCUUGCUGCCGAGAAAGCUGGUGGGGCUCAUGGACCUCUUAGGGCCUCAGCUCAUAUUAGAGUAUCUGCUAGAUUUGACUUCCAACCUGACAUCUGUAAGGAUUACAAAGAAACGGGCUACUGUGGCUAUGGUGACUCAUGUAAGUUCAUGCACGAUCGAGGUGACUACAAAUCUGGAUGGCAAAUGGAGAAGGAAUGGGACGAUGUGGAAAAAUUAAGAAAAAGAAAUUUAGCUUUGGGAGGCCAUAGUGAUGUUAAGACAAUGCUGAGCAUAAGAGGUGACGAAGAUUCUUUGCCAUUUGCCUGCUAUAUCUGUAGGCAACCUUUUGUCCACUAGGAUGUAGCACACUAGCACCUAGACAACACAACCCUUGUUUUUUGUUGAAUUUUUUGUUGAAUUUUCCACACAAUAAUGAUGAAUUUUUUGUCCAUAUGCUUGCUUUUUCCGAGAAACUGAAAAGAGAUGAAGUCCAUAAUGCUUUAGAUCUUCUGCCAUUGAAA